AAGGCUUGAUACAGCUCUAUUCAUUUGCACUAUCAGAUAGGCAAAGCUUGUGUUGCUGCUACUACGCCUUGCCAUUCAUAGACAGACAGUGUCAGUUUGGAUGAUGGCACCAAUCAACACAUGCUUAAGGAAGACAUUCAUUGUUAUAGAUGUCAUUAUAGGGAUUCUGGGAAUUAUUUGGCUGGUCUUAUCACUGAUUAUCCAUGGCAUUCUCCAUGCCAGUGGCCAGGACAACUUAAGCGAAACAAUACUUGUCUAUGUAAUUGGAGUUGUGAUAGUGGUGACAUGUGCCGUGGGGCUGUAUGGCAUCCUCAAGAAGAAACAGUGGGCACUGAUUGUGUUUUCUGUUGGGAUGAUUGCGAUUAGCUUGCCUUCUCUUGUGGAAGCAGUAUCUACCACUGUGAAAUUGAAUAUGACAGAAGAAAAUGCAAAAGUCGCUCUUAAAUUGGAAGGGUCUCUUGACGGACAGACCCUUGCUACGCAGUCUCGGUUUACGGACCUUCAAGAAAGGUUUCAGUGUUGUGGCUUUCUAAAUGGAGUCCAUGACUGGGGAAAUGUAAUCCCACCUUCUUGUCGAUGUCCAGAUACACUUGAAAACUCAGCACAUUGUAUAAGUCUCAAUGUGACUUGGCGUAAGACAAGCACAACUGAGGAAAUCCAGGUGUAUGAGCAGCCAUGUUUUCCUUACCUCUUCAACGAAGUGAGAAAGGAAUGGAAAAUAGAGGCAGCGGUUAACUUGACAUAUAUAUUAUGCAUGGUUGUCGGCGCUGUGUUGUCCAUUAUAAUACUGUGCCAAAUGAGAAAAAAGACUUUCACACCACCAGUCACUUUUACAACACAUGCAAGUGACUCAAAAUUUGCAGAGCUUGAAUGAUCAUUCUAGAAGAUGACUUUCAACUUUCUUCAUGUUCUUGCAGCUUAUUUUGUCAUUCGUUUGUAUUUUGCCAUUUUUUUUUUUUUUUUAAUUAUUAACAUUAUGUACGUACGUUAUAGGCUUGUGAACAUCUACAGUAUGUAUGAAAUUGUUCUCAAUUAUGCCAUUUGUAAAGUUGAAAAAAUACCAUUAAAAAACUCCUCCGG